CAAAGAUCGGACAGCGCGUGCAUUCGGACUCUGUAAAAGUUUGGUCAACACAUUCAACCUGAGCUGGCUUAAGAGGAGAGACCUGAGGAAGGCACAGAGUGAGGCAAAUCUCCCCCAACACAGUCUAAUACUGGAUGUUGUCACACGAUGGGGCACUAAGCAGAAGAUGGUAGAGAGGGUGCUCGAGCAACUCCCAGCCAUAAGAAGUGUCCUGGUUCAAGACCGUAAACAUAGCCACCUCAAUCCAACCUGGCAAGAUGUUUCUGUGUUGGAGUCCAUCAACGCAGCAAUGAAACCACUAGCUGACUUCACAGACGUCCUCUCAGGGGAAAGAUACGUCACAGUGUCCUCAGUUAAACCUGUGAUGGAACUGAUAAAAGACGACCUUCUCUCUCCAGGCCCUGAUGACACUGCACUGACAGCCAGCAUUAUACAAAACAUGUGCAGGGUCCUGACUGAAAAAUACAAAUCACCUGAAAUCCAAGUCCUCCUGAGAAAGGCCACCAUCUUGGAUCCAAGGUAUCGUGGCAGCAUGGAGGAGGCAGAGGCAUUGGAUGAUGUCAAACAACAGCUUGUCCAAGAGCUACUGGACAUAAUAGGGCCAGAAGAAAGUGGAGAAGGUGCCAGUGGUGAGAGCUGCAGCAACGCUGCUGGAGGAAACGUGGAUGAACCUACUGCUACCGCACCCACCAAGAAGAUGAAGCUGAGUGACUUUCUUCGAAACAGAAGAGCUCAUCUCACAAGUCAGACCCAGGCUUCCUUUCCAAAAAGAGUGCAGGCUGAUACAGAGCUGACCAAAUUCCUCCAAGAAGAUGCACUUGAUGCAGCUUGUGAUCCCUUGAUGUGGUGGCAUGACAAUCAAAGAAAAUAUCCUUUGAUGGCCAAGUUGGCCCAAAAGUACAUGUGCAUUUGUGCAACAAGCACCAGCUCAGAGAGAAUGUUUAGCACAGCUGGCCACAUUGUUACUCCUGAGAGAUCCUGCCUUAAGCCACACAAAGUCAACAUGUUGGUAUUUCUUGCUCGGAAUCUGCAAGACUAAAGAAGCUACAGAUUUGCAUAUGACCUGUUGAGGCAUCCGCUUUCAGUCAUGUUUUUUGUUGUUAGUUUGCACUUUUUUUGCACAAAGGUCCUAAUUGGCAGUUUUGCCUGUAUGUCUGAGCCUAAUGUUUAUUAUUUGUUGAAGUGCAAUCUGGUUUACAUCCUUUUUAUUUAGUGUUUAAAUUGUAUUUAUUGUUUUUGGUUGUGUUUGGUUUUUAUUCAAGAGCAUUUUUGGUUAAAAUAAUUUUAUUUAUUGUUUUUGGAUGUUUUGUUAAUUAAUUCUGGAUAUUUUAAAUGUCUUCCAGAUGUCCAGUUCCAGUGUUCUUUAAAAAUAAAAGUUUAUUGAUCUUCGAAA